AUGAGUGCUGAAUUGUUACGUCUAUUCAUCAGAGAUGAUGCUGAUGCUGAAGAAGCACCAGAAUGUGCUACUGAUAAUGAAUAUGAUGGUAGAGAUAAUUUGAGAAUCUUGGCUGUUUUCAUGAUUUUAAUCUCUUCAGGUAUUGGUACUUUCUUCCCAUUAUUAUCCUCAAGAUAUUCAUUCAUUAGAUUACCAGAAUGGUGUUGGUUCUUGGCUAAAUUCUUUGGUUCAGGGGUCAUUGUUGCAACUGGUUUCAUCCAUUUAUUAGAACCAGCUUCAGAUGCAUUAGGUAAUGAAUGUCUUGGUGGUGUUUUAGGUGAAUACCCAUGGGCUUUUGGUAUUUGUUUAAUGUCAUUAUUCGCUUUAUUCUUAUCAGAAAUUAUCGCUCAUCAUUUUGUUGCUAAAGCAGCCGGUUCAGCAGGUGUUCAAUCUCAUUCACAUUUUGGUAACCCACAUAAAGAAGUUGAUGUUGAAUCAAAAGAUGAAAGUUAUGAUGAUGUUAAAAAUCAAUCUCAACAAACUACUAAAACUGCCUCACAUGUUCCAGGUGCUAACCAUUUCUCUCAUGAUUCUGAACAUCAAGAUCCUGAAAUUGCAGGUACUUUAGCUGCUAACAAAGACCAUGAACAAUACUUGAACCAAGUUCUUUCUGUUUUUGUUUUAGAAUUCGGUAUUAUCUUCCAUUCUGUCUUUGUUGGUUUAUCUUUAGCUGUUGCCGGUGAUGAAUUCAACACUUUAUUCAUUGUUUUAGUUUUCCAUCAAAUGUUUGAAGGUUUAGGUUUAGGUACCAGAAUUGCUGAUACUCCAUGGGAUAAAACUAGAAGACACACACCUUGGUUAUUAGCUUUAGGCUUCACAAUUACCACUCCUAUUGCUAUUGCCAUUGGUAUUGGUGUAAGACAUUCAUUCAAACCAGAAAGUAGAACAGCUUUAAUCUCUAAUGGUGUUUUCGAUGCUAUCUCUGCUGGUAUUUUGAUUUACACUGGUAUCGUUGAAUUGAUGGCUCAUGAAUUCUUAUACUCUAACCAAUUCAAGGGUGAAGGAGGUUUAAAGAAAAUGUUAUUAGCAUACUUCGUUAUGUGUUGGGGUGCUGGUUUAAUGGCCUUAUUAGGUAAAUGGGCUUAG